AUGAUGUUUCCUUGCAUAAAUAACAUAUAUAGAAUAAAAAAAAUAAUAAAUGUGAAAAGUAAAAGGCUUUGCAACUAUUUUUUCAGUGAACCAUUUAUAUUCAACUUUGAAAAUUUGGAAAGUUUAAAAAAAAUAAAACAGCCCACUGUAAAUGAUUCCUCAUCAGAAAAAAUAAAUCAGGAUAAACAUAUAGAAGAAAAUGAAGAACUUUUAAAAAAUUAUAGUAGUACUACUACUACUAAUAGUAGUUGUGAUAAUAUAAAAGGUUACAAUAAUUUCAUAGAUACGUACAGCAAUUUUGAUAAAGAUGCUUUAAAGAAAACGAGAAAAGUAUAUAACAUGGUGGAGAGAAAAUUGAGAAAAUUUGAAAACAGUCCUUUAAAUAAAUAUUUCUAUAUAUUUUACAAAAAUGAAAAAUAUUUAUCAGAAAUUGAAAUAAUACAUAUUGUAUAUAUGGCUUUAAAAAAUAGGAAAUAUCAUUUAUUAGAUAAGGAUGAUCAAAUAAAUAUUAAUUCAUAUACUGAUAUAAUAUUUAAUAAAGAACAAUUAAAUAAAACACAAAAUGAUAAUAAUAUAGAAGAUAUAUCAUAUAAUAUGGAUGUAAGUUCAUAUAAUAUAAAAGAGUCUAAAGUUGAAUAUUACGAAAAAAAUAAAGUGUGUGAAAAAUAUAAUUCGUAUGAUAAUAAUAUAUUAGAGACAUAUGAUACAUUUCCUUUAUCAUAUGAAGAAAAUAUUAAAAAUGAUAUUCCAAAUAAUUUAAAUAAUAUAAAAGAAAUAAAAACAAAGAAGUUAUAUACAAUAAAUAAUGAUAAUAAUAAUAAUUAUUAUAAUAUCAAAAUUGAAGAAAAAGGAGAAAAUGAUUAUGUAUAUAAAUUACUUUAUACAUUAAAUAAUAAACUGAAGUUAUAUCAAAAUUAUAUUAUAAAUUUCACAAUUAAAGAUAUAUAUAAAUUGUCCUAUUGUCAACAUUAUUAUAAUAUUUAUAAUAAUAAAUUUAUACCCUUAUAUUUAUGUGCAUUUUUAAAAAGAGAAAUAAAUUAUAUAAAACAAAAUAAAAAUAUAUAUCAAAUAAAAGAUCAUAACCAACUAGAUUUUCUAUUAAAUCUAUUGAUUCUUGAAAAAAAAAAUUUAAAUACAUAUUUCAUUCAGAUAUUAUAUGAUUAUCUAUUUAAUAUUAUAAAAAAGGAAAACAUUUUCAGUAUCACAUGUAAACAUGUAUGUUUGUUAUUAAAUAUAAAUCGUUUUGAAUCUACUAAAUAUGAUAUGUUUUUUUUCUUAUACAUGGAAAGGGACAAGGAUAUAAUGAGAAAGUUGAGUUUGAAAGAUAUAAAUUAUUUAUUAUAUUAUCAAUUGAAAAAUGAAAUAAAUAUUAUAAAAAAUGUAGACACUACAAAUAAUACAGAAAAUUUAAAUGACACAUAUAAUAAUAAUAAUAAUAAUAAUAAUAAUUUUUAUUGCAUGAAAUGGUUAUCUUUAUUCUUUGGCACUAUCAUUAAUAAAUGUAUUCAUAUGAACAACCGUGAGAUUAAUUUAGAAAUGAUACAAAAUAUAUAUUUGUUCUCACAAAUAUUAUUACAUUAUGAUUAUUCUAAGCAAUAUUCAAAUAUUUAUGAUACAUAUUUAGAACUAAUUUAUAAUGUCUAUUCAUAUAUAAAUAUAAAAGUGAACAAUUUUGUUCAAAAUAUAAAAAAUAACAAUUUUAAUAUAAAUUUUUUUAUUACACUAUCUUUAGCCUUAUCUGUUAUAAAAAACAAUAUUAAUAUUAAUGAUAAUUUCUACGUAUUCCUCUUUUACCUUAUAAAUGAUAAAAAAAUAAAACAUAUGGAUCUUAAUCAUUGGAUAUAUAUUUUAUACUUUAUACAUUUUUGUAAUUUUAAGAGAAACAAUUACUAUAAACAAAAUAUAUUAUAUAAAAAAGACAUAAUGAAGGUUAUAUAUAUAUGUGAUAACAAUCAUGUUGGAAAUAUGAAUACAUAUAUCCCAUUUGAUGAUAAUUUUAUGUAUUCAUAUAUAAUGGACAAAUUAAAAAAUAUAUAUUCUUAUCAUGAAAAAGGUACUAAUGAUAUAUAUAUUUUCAAGGAUCUAAAACAAAAUUAUUUUUAUAAUAUUACAAAUAAUGACAAGCAUGUGCAAGAAGACAAUCUAUCAAUAGAUAAGGAAAAUAACCAAAAAAAAAAUGGAAAGGAGACAAUAAUAGAUGAAUAUAAUACUAUAUGCAGUAAUACACACAAUAUAUAUAAUGACAAAAAAUCAUCAAUGAUAGAACACAACAAAGAAAAAAUAAAUCAACCACAUGUAGUACAUAUGAAUAUAAAACAACAGGAUAAUACAUAUUUGAAAGAUGAAAAUAUAAAAAUAAUUUGUGAUCAGAAAAAAAAUAAUAUAGAUAAUAAUAUUAUCAACAAGAAUUAUGAUAAUAAUAUUAAUGUACAUAAUAAAAGUUAUUAUAUGAAUAUCUUAGAUAUAUUAAUAUUAUUGAAACAUAAAAAUAAAGAUAACAACUUUUAUAAACAUCUUCUAUUAUUAUUUAAUAAAAAUAUAUUUAAAUAUUAUAAUAUACAUAUAUUCCAUAUAGAUAAGAUACUAGUUACUUUUAGCCAAUUGAAUAUAAAUAAAAGUUAUAUAUCUUUAAAUAUAUUUAAUUUGUUAGAAAAUAUUAAAAAUAAUUUUAUUCAUAAUAAUCAUUAUAUAAAACAAGAACAUUAUUUUUAUCAUUCCUUAUCUAAUAUUUUAUUAAGUCUCGUAGAAUUAAAUAUGUUAAAAAUUAUAGAUCUAAAUAUUUUCGAAAGAAAUAUCUUAAACAAUUUAAAUAACAUGAAUAUAAAUUCUCUUCUUGUAUUAAUACAAUAUUAUAUAUUAAAAGGAAAUACAUGUUGUAAUAAUAUAAAUAUAAUCAUAAUAUUAUUGUUAAAUUAUAUUACAAAAAAAUAUACAUCUAUACAUAAGCAACAACCAUAUGAAGAGAUAAAUAAGAAAAAUGUUCAAAAUAUAUAUUUAGAUUGGCAUGACAUCAAAAAUGAUAAACAUUAUGAUAUUAUAAAAACAUAUCUAUUAAAAAAUGAUGUAGAAAAUUGUAAUGAAGAAAAAAAUAAAAGAAAUAUAUUAUACAAACAUACCAAAAAUUAUAAUGAAACAAUUAAAGAUAUAAAUAAAAAAAAUACAGAUCAAUAUCAAACAAAUAAUCUAUACGAACAUAUAAUAAAUCCUUAUAAUUUUCAUUUUCAUAAAAUUGAUCAAGACGACUUUUAUGAAUAUCUUUUGUUACGAUUUGUUUUUAUAAAUAUAUUUACUCAUUCUAAUAUAAUUCAAGAAAAUAUUAAAUAUCAUAUGAAAGAGUAUGAACCACGUAUAUUAAACAAUUUCAAUAAAAUGAUAUGGCACUUGAAGAAUAAUUUUGAAGGUAUAAUAAAUAUAAAUCUAUACACAGAAGAAGAAAAAAAUAAAAAAAUAAUGGAAGAUGACAAAAGUGAAUAUCUACGUAUUUCACAUUCAAAUAUAAAAAACCAACAUAUCUUGAACACAACAAAAAAGGAAAAUAUUCAUAAUAAUAAACAUAUUAAUAAUGAUGGUGUAAAUAUAUAUAAAGAUGUGACAACAUAUUCUGAUUAUGAUCAAAUAAAAGAACAUUAUAUAUAUAAUGAUAAGCACUACUAUAAAAAUAAUAAUAAUAAUAAUAAUAAUAUUUUGAGCAAGAAGAAUUUUUUUUUAAUAUUAAAUUAUUUUCUUUACAUUUUUAAUCAUAAUCUUAAUAUAUUAAUCAAAGACAAAAAUUUAUUAGAAUGUAUUUUAUUACAACUUGUACAUGUUAAAAAAUUUAAAAAUACUUAUUAUAAUUAUAAAUAUUUAUUUUUAUAUCGCAAACUUAUCCUUUCAUUAAUAUAUGACAUGGAAAAAAAACAAAAAACAAAAAUGAAUUAUCUUCUAAACCCUCAAAUAUAUGAAGAAAAAAAAAAAAAGACCUUAGACAUACAACAAACUGAAUAUUAUAAAUGUAUAAAUAUUAUAAGAUAUUUUAAUUAUAUAUGUGAAAAAAAUAAAAAGAAUAAAAUACAAAAGAAUAUUUUUUAUAAUUAUUUACAAAAAUUUAAUUUUUUACAUAUAUAUAAUGAUGAACAAUAUAAGAACUACAAUAUUUUAGAUAAUGAACAUAUUCUAUAUAAUUUAAAUUCUGAUAUUUUGAAUAUAUAUAUAAAUGUCCCUUUAUUUAAUUAUAUUAUACCUAUAGUUAUACAAACAAAAAAUAAAUCUUUAGCAAUACAUUAUAUAUGGAAUAAUGAAGAAAACAUAGAUACCUACAUGGUUUUAUAUAAUAUCAUGAAAACGUUUCUAAUAAGUUAUAAUUAUGAUAUUAUACUAAUCAAAACAUCAGAUAUGAACAAUGUAAAUAUUUCAAACAAGUGUCAAGAAAUAUCUUCGUAA